CUCCUUUUUUCGCGCAUCGUUUUGUUUUUUUCCUUUUUAAAAAUUUCCGGCCACCUUUGACGAUCGUUCGAUUGUUGCCCAAUGUAAUCCCACAUCGUCAGAAUGACUCGAUCCAAAUAUUCUUCAGCGUCAUUGCGUUAAUGCGCGUCGUUUCCACUUGCCGAGGACAACUGAUAAGGGUCGCGUAGGAACUGAAACAAGAGCCGAGGUGGUGUGGGCCGAUUAAAAUCCAUCAGCAUGACGCAUUGGGGGAUCAAGCUGUUUCACGUAAUUGGAUUCUGCACAUAUGCGUACUGCAUCUACUAUUCCGAGGUUCACUUGGACAUUCCCCAGCGGACUCCAUCUCACAAGAGGUUUGGCCGCUACAAGUACCUCACCCACUGGAACUUGACAUUCCAGGGGUUCAUGUUCACCCUGAGCUGUUUCCUCGACUUUGCGCCGAUACGAAAUAAGCAACGGCUCAAGCAGGUCUACGACCACCUCUUCGUGGCACUGUCGCUACCAGCAUGCUUGUUUGUGACUGGAUUAUUCUGGGCACUCUACUUCUAUGACCGAGAGCUGAUUUUUCCAAGAUCACUAGCAAUCUACUACCCAUGGUGGCUCAACCAGUUGUCGCACACCACCAUUUCGUUGUUCGCGCUGCUCGAAGCCAAGCUCGUCUACCAUGCCACGCCUGCCAGAAGAGAUGGAUUUCGCACCAUCUUCAUGCUCGUCUGCACCUACGUCGGAUGGAUCGUCUACCUCGGAAUGGUGCACGACAUGUGGGUGUAUCCGGUCCUCGAGUUCAUGUCACCAGCCCUGCUGCCAAUCUUCAUCGGCUGUUGCUCGGCCGCCAUAUUUGGCGUGUACAUUGUUGGAGAAAAAAUCAACCACAGGUUCUGGCCCACCGCACCUGUGGCAAGGCAGGUGGCAAGCUUAUCUGACACUGAGCAUGAAGACUGACGCCAUAGUGCAGCCCAAAGAAAUCAUCUAGUCGUGUAACCCUUGUUGAAAAAUCGUGCACCUUUAUCUAGCAGUUAUGUGGCUAGCGGGUUGGAACGAUACUGCUUACGUUAUGAUAUUGCGCAAAAUUCAGUAUCGAUCUACAAACAGCGUACAAACAAUUGAACCGAGGCCAUCAAAUUAAGCUUCAUAUACAUACUCUGUGAAUUAAACUUGACGUCGAUCAACAGUGGUCCAUGUAGUUGUGAACAUUAGUGGCAGAUGAAAUUUGUGGUUGACUGUCAGUGACAGACCAGUCAGUACUAGUCAACAUGUAAUUAAAAGACGUUUUAGCUUACUGUGAUGGCUGUUCUUCUAGGGUGUUAUCAUUACUUAAUGAGCACAUCUCAGUGCCCCUCAUAUUUCGUACCAAAGAAGCAUGUGCCUCGCAAUAUAUGUAAUAUCAAUCUACAAAACAAUUUACCAAACUCUUUGUCGCGAGCAAAGAGGAAAACGUCAGUAGUAUCAUCAGGACUGACUCUUGGAAAAGUUGGUCUCGCAAUUACCUGUUGAUUUAGCGCACAUAAAACAGUUGUUAGCAGCACCAACCCAUGGUUCGCGUCAUUGAGAGAUUUCGUUUUUCAUACGUUAUGCUUGGUUUAGAUUUGUUAUUGUGAUGUUUUAUCUUUAUAACAGUCCAUUAAUAUUUUAUGGUGAUGUAACAUGGGGCAUGCUAAUUGUGUAGUACUAGUUCCUUUUGACUAUUUCGGCAUACCUAUUUUUAUAUAUAUAUUUUGGUUUAUGGUUAAUGUUUCCCUAGCAAUUUUUUAACCGGACAGGCAUGCGGUACUCUCAUAUUUGCAUGAGGAUCCCAAGGUGUAUGGUACGGUCUCUUCUGAGAAAAUUCAAAUGCAACCUUUGCUUUUUUUGAGCAAAUAAAAGGUUCAUAUGUUUAGUGUUCUGA